AUGCCACGAGUCCCGCGACCGCACCAUGUAGCCUCCACCGCCCAGCGGGCGACAACCCGCCCACCGCCUCCCAUCCAACCCUCCAUCCAACAACAACACUUCAAACCCAACCGCGCCCCAACACCCACCCCACCCCUCCAAGACUCCAUCACCACCAAAGAUGCACCACCCAACCCCUACAAAUCCCGCGCCCUCCCCUGGGCCUUCGCCACCCUCCUCGCAGCCGGCCUGGGCUUCUACACCACCCGCCUCGUCAUCGAGCUGCGAAAACCAUGUAUCAACCCUGAGAUCUCCCUGCUCACCCACCAGCGCGACGUCUCCGCCCGCUACGAAGACACCGCCGACGCCUUCGACAGCGAAGUCGGCAUCUCCGAGACGCUGAUGGGGAUUAAUUCGCUGCGGAAGGAGUUGGCCAGGAAGUGUCAAGGGCAUGUGCUGGAAGCGAGUUGUGGGACGGGCAGGAACUUGGGGUAUUUUGACGUCGGACCUCAGGGACGGGUGGAGAGUCUGACGUUUGUGGAUUUGAGUCCGCGGAUGGUGGAGUUGUGUAUGAAGAAGUGGGUUAUUCUGCACGGGACGGAGAUGCCUAGUGCAAAUUUGAAGAGGGGGUUGAAGGUGCGGUUUCGGAAGGGGAGUGUGAUCUCUUCCAUCCCGGAUGUGCCGGUGGAAGGGGAGGAGGAGGGGAAGAGGGGGUAUGACACUAUUUUGCAGACGAUGGGGUUGUGCAGUACGCCGGAGCCGGUGGAGCUGUUGAGGAGUCUGGCGGCGCAUUUGGAUACGGGGAACCCUGAUGCUAGGAUACUGUUGCUUGAGCAUGGACGUGGGGAUAGGGAGUGGGUUAAUCGCGUGCUGGAUAAUGCCGCGGAGAAGCAUGCGGAGAUUCAUGGAUGUUGGUUCAAUAGGGACAUUGGCGCGCUGGUAGAAGAGGCUGCGAAAGGGGCGGGGUUGGAGGUUGUGGAGGGGAGGAGGAGGCAUUUUGGGACGACGUGGGUUUUUGAGCUGAAGGCGGGGGAGAGGUUGAGGAGGGAGGGGAACAGUAAGCAGGGUGAGCAGCGGCCUAAUGAGGUGAAGGAGGCGACGUCCUGGGCGAGCUGGUUGGGGUGGAAGUGA